GUCAUGUGACAAAACAAAAUGGCGACUUCCAGUCAGGAUGAACGUCAAGUUGAUGUGGAGGAAGAAGAAGAGGAAAGUAGCAGUGAGGAGUCAGAGGAGGAUGUUGAACCAAAGCUUAAAUAUGAAAGAAUUGGGAAUGACUUGAAGAACAAGCUACUGUCUAAAGAUUGUGUCAGCUGUCUGGCUGUUCAUCCAAAGUUCCUAGCUGUGGGAACACACUGGGGGAUGAUCCAUAUUUUUGACCAUGCUGGGAAUGCUGUGAGAGAUAAAGAAAUAGCUGCACACACCACCACUGUGAACCAGCUGAGUAUAGAUGAUAAUGGGGACCAUAUAGCCAGCUGCUCAGAUGAUGGAAGGGUGAUGAUAUCAGGACUUUACACCUCAGAGAACAACCAGACUGUGAACUUUGACAGACCGGUCAAGGCCGUUGCCAUAGAUCCCAAAUUUGGUAAACAUGGCAGUGGAAAAAACUUUGUUACUGGGGACGAUAAGCUGAUAUUGAAUGAGAGAGGGGGACUGUUCAACCGACAUAAGACAGUACUUCUUCACCAAGGGGAGGGGCUGAUCCGAGAGAUAAAGUGGAAGGGGGAUUUCAUCGCCUGGACAAAUGAUCAUGGUGUAAAAAUCUUUGAUAUGAGCUCCAGGAACCGGAUUACCUUCAUCAGUAAAGACCACAGCUAUCGUGCUGACCAAUACAGAUGUAAUAUGUGUUGGAAGGAUGGACGCACACUUCUCCUUGCUUGGGCAGAUAAAGUGAAAGUCUGUAUUGUAAAAGACAGAGAAGAUCGGGAUAUCAGGGACUUACCACAGAGAUAUGUAGAAAUCAUUGCCAUGUUUACUAUCGACUCGUUUGCCUGUGGUAUUUCUCCGCUGGGUGACAGCUUGGUCAUUCUGACGUUUGAAAAAGAAACCCAGGAGGAGGACAACAGACAGGUUUCCAAGCGACCUCACCUGCUAAUUGUGGAGCCACAUAUGGAGUAUUUUGAGGAGAUUUCUAAUGAUGCAUUGUCUGUACGGGGAUUCCAGGAAUACAAACCUAUUGACUAUCACCUAGAGAUACUAGUAUCAGAGACGAUUUCAGAUGAGAAUUUGUUUUACAUCGUCAGUCCUAAGGAUAUUAUUGUAUCUAAGGAACGCGACAUUGAUGAUCACGUUACAUGGUUGUUAGACCAUGAAGACUUUGAGGAAGCCGUGGAUGUUGUGGAGAAAAAUGAACAUCUGCUGAGAAAGCAUUCUUAUAAGGAAGUAGCCAAGCAGUACCUCCACUUUUUAUUGGAGGAAGGUAAUUUUGAGGAAGCAGCCAGACAGUGCCCAAGGAUUCUGGGUAAAAAUAAGGAAUUGUGGGAAGAGGAAACUUGGAAGUUUCAGAAAUACAAACAAUUAAAGGUUCUAGCCCCUUAUUUGCCCCGCAGUGAGCCCCAACUAUCUCCAGCAAUCUAUGAACUUGUACUGAAUGAUUUUUUGAACACAGACAGUGAGACAUUCCUAAAUAUAGUGAAGGAGUGGCCAUCUAACCUGUAUAAUGUUCAGACCAUAAUAACUGCUACGCUUGACCGACUGGACCGUGAGCGUAACAACACAGUUCUACUGAGAGCGCUUGGAGAGUUAUACACAUUGGAAAGGCAGUAUGAGAAGAGUCUGGCUAUUUACUUAAAGUACUGCUCAAUCGCUAAAUCCAAAGAGAGAUUAGGGAACACAGACGUUUUUCAGCUGAUCCACAAGUACAACCUCUUUUCUUCAAUCAGUGAUAAAAUUGUUCAGUUAAUGGAGUUUGAUGAAGACCAGGCCGCUAAACUUUUGAUUGACAAUAUGGAUAAGCUUCCUAUUGAACAAGUUGUCAAACAGCUGGAGCACCAUGAGAAGUUUUUGUUUGCAUAUUUGGAUCGAGUAUGUCAGAAAGACCAACAGCUAUGCCAGGCCUACCAUGGACAACUUGUCAAGCUGUAUGCAGAAUUCGCCCCCAAGAAGUUGCUUCCAUUCCUAAAGAGCAGCAUUCACUACCCGCUACAGAAAGCCAUGGACGAAUGCCAAGUCCGAGGGCUAAUUCCUGAACAGGUCUAUUUACUUGGUCGUAUGGGGGAUCUGAAGAAGGCCUUGACCUUGAUUACAACAAAGUUGAAGGACGUUACCCAGGCAAUUGAGUUUUGCAAGGACAAGAAUGAUGAGGAACUGUGGGCGGAUCUCAUUAAAUUCAGCAUAGAUAAACCAUCUUUUAUCAAAGGAUUACUUCACAACAUUGGGACUCAUGUUGAUCCCAUUAGACUGAUCCCUCAGAUCCAGAAUGGAAUGGAAAUCCCAGGAUUAAGGGAUUCAUUGGUUAAGAUCCUUCAGGACUAUAAUCUACAGAUGUCAUUGAGGGAGGGCUGUAGAAGAAUUCUGGUGGCUGACAGCUUUAACUUACUAGACAGACUGGUCAAAACACAGAGAAGAGGCGUAGCUGUUGACAGUAGUCAGUGUUGUCCUAUUUGUCAACAGCGAAUCAUAGUAACAGAUUUGAGAUAUGCCAGCAAUGUUGUAUUAUUCCACUGUAAACAUGCAUUCCAUGAAGAUUGUCUACCCACAAACUCUAUGGAGCGCUGUACAAUCUGUAGUACACAAAGGAGAGGACCAGGAUCUAAAGGCGUGGUCAAGUAAUGUCAAUCACAGGAGUGCUCCAAUCAUAUCCAUAGAAGGCGUGGUCAAGUAAUGUCAAUCAUAGGAGUGCUCCAAUCAAAGGCUGGCUAAAAAUUGAUAAUCAAAGGAAUGGUUUUAACUGUCUAUGGGAUGUUUUAGCUCACUGUUAAAAAAAUUAUGUUUAUUGUGCUUGUAUUUUGAAACUUUAUUUGUAACAAAACCAAGAAUAUAAAUAUUUAAUGUAUCAAAAGGGAAUUGUCAUUUGUUUAAUGCAAAAAGAUGCAAUACUCAUUUUCACUAUGGAGUGCCACUGCAUACUGAAAAUAAAUGUUAUCAUGAAUAAAUAUUUUUAUCUCA